AUCAAAAUGUAAAAACCUUUGCAAGUCUACAACUAAGAUACAAAGAUUCACGCCUGGAGUAGAAAACAAAUUUACACAUGAAAUGAAGACCAUUAAUUUUCUCUUCAAAUUUAUACGAAGUCGAAGAUGGUGCAGUGCAGGUUUAGACAGUAUCUCCUUACGGAUCCGAUGUUCACAUGCAGGGUUGACUGACAGCAUUGGUGGGAAUCUCUGCAGCAUCAUUCUACGAAACCCAUCACGUGGAAAGCCAAAUAAAUUUACAAAUUUAUGUUCAAUCGUCAUCAUUAUUUUUUGUUUAUCCAUCGCCGCGGCCGACAUCUUUGUCUAAAAUUUCGACCAACUGUCAAUAUGGUCUUACUUACAAUUUGUUGGGGAAAGCAAGGCAUGGCAAACUCUCUUCAGUUGAACUUAGGAACCUGAAAGUCGAUGGAUCUGUUCAAUCAUAUUUUCCUUAUUCUUAUCCAAGAGUUUUAGAUUGAGAUAUGUUUGGCACAUUUCGAUUGCAUAAAAAGUGAAAGAGGUAGCCUAUGUAUUGUUUGGGAGCGUCGUUUGAAGGGCGUAGAGGUUCUUCUUUUUCUCCUUUAACUCUUAGCAAAUUAUUUUUAUUUUAGAUUAUUUGAUAAGUGGCUAUAGUUUUCAUGGCUGCUUUAAUUUUGGUGGGUAAUAUUAUAUUAUACUGUUCACACACGGGACCUUCCCUAUUCGUCUUCUUCCUUCUUCAGAAAACCCAAAUUCGUGGGUACUAUUCAUCACUCUAGAAGUCCAAUUUCGAAAGCUCAAAUCAGAAAACUUCCUUCAUCAAAGUUGUUCAUAUGCUCGAGUGUCUAUCACAUAUCAAAAUGAGCAUCAUCAGACCGGUCUAGCUACCUCAAACCGGCUAUGACAUUUCUGUGUUCAUCCAUGAAAUGAAUCAGUUUCCCAGUUUGAGCUCAAAGGCGCAAAAGGCAAGUCAAGCUUAAACUUUGGAUUCCAGAAACAAUUAAUGUUGGUGAAAGACCCAAGAGAUGUCCAAACAACUCAUGUGGUGGAGAAUCCCAACAUCUUUUAUGCAUGAUACUAUCAACAUAGCGGGGGUUGAGGAGACGGGAACCUGAAAUUGGAAUUUACAUGUGAAAGAGUGACUGAUCAAAACGAAUAAUAGCAAUGGCAGCAGAGUUUGUGGAGCUUGUUGCCUCUCUCAUUGGUUGUCUGCAGAAUUCAACCUGUUUAGGCACUCCCCUUGAAGAGAAAUAUAAAUAUUUUGCAAAACGCAAAGAAUAUCUAGAGACUUUAAAAAAAGGCAUGGCCCUUUUGAAAAGCCGAAGAUGUGAAGUAGAGAGCGAAUCUGAGGAGAAGGUGGUGAGCAAGCCUUACAAAAUCUCCGACUGGUUAGAAAGGUCAAAUGACUUCAUAACUGAAACUAAUGAGUUGAAUUUUGAGGACACAAUAAGUGGGAAUUGGUGUGGUUUCCCAAACUAUUAUCGUUCACAGUAUAAAGCUGGGAAAUCCAUCCUCGGCAGAAUUGAAAAGGUAAAUUUACUGAAAGAGGAGGGCACAUAUUUGUUUAAUGUGGAAGAAGACUUUGUGGUGGGAUAUAUACAGAAGAACACAAAAGAACUGGUGGGCAAGACAGCAAGUGCUUUUGAGAAAAUUAUGAAGUGCGUUUCAGAAAAGGAGGUUGGAAUCAUAUGUGUUUAUGGGAUGUCUGGUUCGGGAAAGACUGAAGUUUUAAAGGAAGUCAAUAACCAAAUAUUGAAACAGUACAAAAGUUGUACCUCAGAAGAUGGCAGAGAUGGAAAUAUCACAGCCCAAUUUGAGAAAGUUAUUUGGGUGACUGUAGAGAAUGUUGGACCACCUGAGGCAGCCAUUGCUGCCCUGCAGAAGGGCAUCCAAAAGGAAUUACAACUUGACGACCACAGUGCUGGGAACAGAGCAGACAAGUUGGACAGUGCGUUGAGGCAGAGAAGAUUUCUGAUCGUUUUGGAUGAUAUGCGGAAGGAGUUGUCUCUCGAGCAUAUUGGGAUUCCAUGGCAAACAAACAAUGGCUCCAAGGUUAUAAUCGUUUCAAAAUCACGUCCAGUGUGCAGGGGCAUCACAUUUGAUAGAGAGGUCGAAAUCGAACUUGUAUCAGACGAAGAAGCACUCAAGUUGUUCGAGGUUGAAGCUGGCAUUGGAUUUUCUGCACUAAGGGAAGAUACUCGAGCGGCCGCGGUAAACAUGGUACGUGAGUGUGAUGGUCUGCCCGUGGCGAUUGCUGGUCUGGCUCAAACCUUGAAAGAAAUAAUGAAAUUGGAUCCUAGCGAUGUCGAUGUCGAUGUCGAUGCAGAAUGGAAUGGAGCAUUUUAUAAGUUGAGAAAUUCUAGUGUUCUCUUGGAAAAAAAGAAUAGGAAGGCAUUUGCCCGCCUGUUAAAUAGCUACUCUAUGUUGAAGCAAGAAGCUCAGCAGUGCUUCCUGUACUGUGCAUUAUACCCACCUGGUCAUUGCAUUGAAAAGAAAGAGUUAGUGGAGCACUGGUUUUGGGAAGGUUUACUGAGUAGCAGAGAAAGAAUUAAGGGGCAGCUGAUAGAAGAUACGACAUAUGCAAGAGAGAUACUGGAUGAGAUCAAAGGAGCUUACCUUCUGGAAGCAGUUAGUGAAGGUGGAAAAGAAUGCAUCAAGAUGCGCAACUUAGUUAGGCAUAUGGCAAUCCAUCUGACCAAAACAAUCCCCGAUUAUGAUCAGUUUCUCAUCGAAGCCGGGGUGAAGCUUACCGACUGCCCGCUGAUAGGGAGGAACUUGUCUAAAGUAGAGAGAGCCUCAUUGAUGAAAAGUCAGUUUAAAGCACUUACAAAAAAACCCAAGUUUUACAAGCUAUCCACGUUACUUCUGCAGCACAACCCCAUCUCUCACUUUGAUGACGAUUUCUUCCGUAAUAUGCCUAACCUCAAAGUUCUUAACCUUUCUCAUACCAAUAUCUCUACCCUUCCAAAGUCAGCCUCUUCUUACUUGACAAAACUAAGGGCACUCCUCUUGCGCGGUUGUUGCAACUUAACAUCUCUGCCUUCUUUAGCAAACUCUGAGGAACUACUUGUUCUGGACCUUUCUGAUACUCCCAUAACAGAAUUACCUGAUGGCAUGAAGAAACUAACCAAGCUUAUUCGCCUCGACCUGUCCUGUACCAAUGUGGGAGAAUUUCAAGCUGAAUUAGUGCGUGAGUUAAAAAAUCUGGAAGAACUCUUCUUGAUAACCAAUGACUCUGCAGGUUCUCUGUGGGGAUCAGAGAAAGGAGCAAGUAGUUUGUGGGGAUCAGAGAAAGCAGCUAGUUGUAUUCAGGAGCUGGGAGCCCUUCAGCAUUUAGCUAUUCUUCAUAUCAACUUCCUAGAUGCAAAAGCCUUCAACACAUAUGUGGAUUCGAAGGAUCAUUCUCUAUCCAAAUUCAAAUUCUCCGUGGGUGGUUCUUGGGAUAAAACAAAGUUACCUGAAAACAGCAUAGUUUUCAUCAAAAGUGACUUUCUUGUGAGUGGAAAACCAGUGUCACUCCCAGAAGACACCUCUGAGCUGCAUGUAAUGAGCAACAAGGAUCUAUAUUGGUUGCCUAUUAGUGGUCGACGUUGUCUAGACAGCCUGAAGGUCAUAGAUAUAUCUGGCUGCGAAAGUUUGGUCUAUUUAUUCGAGAGGAACGUGUCACACAACCUUCCAAACCUCGAAAAAAUUUCGGUUAAAAAUUGUCAGAAGAUGGAGGCCUUGAUAUCAAAAGAAGACCCUUUGCCAUUCGCACCUUGUUUGAAUAAAUUAAAGGUCAUCCAUAUCUCAGACUGUGAAAAUUUGGGCUACUUAUUCAGGAUUGGAAUGGAUUCUUGUCAGUAUACCUCUGGUCAAAAAAAGAUUUACUCAACCUGCUUCCCAAACCUCCAAGAGGUAUUCAUUACACGACGCUGGAGGAUGAAAGUGGAUAAAGAGUCAAAAGAACCCAAUCCUGCUGUUCAUCCAAGACCAACGGACCUUGUGUUGGUUGAUCCACUUGAAUUGAAGAAAUAUUAUGAUUUUGAAAAGAAGGAUAAUCCUCAGGAACACAUUUGGUACUUUCCUGAUCUAAAGAUGCAGAUCAUAACUUCUCUUCCUGAAGAACUGCUACCUCGGCCACGUAGCAGCAAUCAGAUUAAAAGGAGUCGGAGCACUGACUCUAUAGAGAAGCUAGCAGGCAGUACAGAUCGUACGCUUUUAUUAAGCAAUCUUCUAAACUCUAUUUUAUUUCUUUCUCGUGUUCAUGAUUGAUUCAACUCCACCAGAUUGACAUGUUAGCUUCGGUUUAUUUUGUUCCUUGUUAGCCAGACUAUACAAUUGCGAGGAAAACGUGUAGUGAUUAGACCUGCCAAUGGAUCAGAUUUUGAUCCUAAUUCGAUCCAAAUCCGGUGUAAUUAAUAGGAGAUGAAUUGUACUUCUCAAUCCGAUAAUCCGAUUACAACUCGAAUCUGGUAAUCCAAUUAUAAAUAAAUAUGGAUAUGGAUUAUAGUUU